AUGUCCCUGUCGUCUCUCCGCACGCUUGCCGCUUCAAACCCCGCGCCGCCCACCACGUUGAUGUCGACGUCUCCUACAAAGGACGCCGGCAUGCCAACGCCUACCUGCGCCCCGUGUCUGCCCGAGCCAGUCUCCCUUCGUCUUGUCGUCGCCAGCCGGGGUUUCGAGGGUGCUCUACGCAGUGUGCGCAAGGGGGAAGUAGGUGACGAGGAUGUUGAGGUCGCGCGCAAGAAUGGUGAGGCACUCACGAACCAGCUCCCCCAUCCUCCGUCGCAGCCCGCAGACGCAGAGACCUUGACGAUGAGGUUCCUCGUCAACACGGAGGCUCCUUCCACGGCCGUACCUCGGAGUGGAGCUCGAGCAUGGAGCAUCGCGCACGCGAGAGCGGUAUUCAUCCCCACUAUCCAUACUCGCACCUUCGUUCGUUCGUUCCCCGUUGCGCAUAGCACUUCUUCGUCUGCUGUUCUUCGUCCCCCAUUCCUUCGUUUACUUGAUCCACUUUUCCUCCCACUCUCCCCAUUCGUUCUCGUGUUCCCGUCGCCGUCGCCUUGGGCUAGCAGUCUGCUAUUCUGA